AUGGCUAGUUCUGAUACUGAGGUGGAAAGCGGCAUCGAGGAGCGCGCCCUCGCCCAGCAAGCAAAUCACGAAUCGGCGCCCGAAUUGAAGGGGAGCGACAAACACGGCUCGCUCAACGAUAUGCGGAAGCUCGGACAGCAAAACCAGUACGACUCGGACAGCGAGGCCAGCGAGGCGGCAUCCGACCUCAGCGCCAACACGUUCAACGACGGUGGAAUGAGCCUAUGGAACCAGUUCGGCCAAAUGUUCUGGUCACAACCGCCGAUGCGAAAAUGCUCAUUUGCGACAGGCCUGGACUAUUGGGUACCAGAGGAUUGCGAAAAAGUCGUCGCCUUCCCCACUGACGCCAUAGAGCAAUACACGAAGAUUUACCCGAUUCGCGGCUCCGAUGCGACAAAGCACAGCUCGUUCAGCGUGUUAGUCGAUGCUUCACCGUUUUCGAGAGCGCGCGACAAACAACCCCUGCAUCAUUUGGUCCUCACCAUCCACCCGAAUGCCGGCCCGAGUAUGGAGAACCGCGAGUUCAGCAUCAGCUUGUUCCGGAGUAGAAAGGUAACCGACGUCGUGGCCCUGUGCGAGCGAUGUCGCGAAUGCCGGGCCCUGUUCAGAUAUUUUCCGAAGGGAAAAGACAACACCAUCUUCUACUACGUCAAACUGCUCGGGUACCUUCAAGUGAAGAUGCUCUGGAAAGUCGAGCACAUCGGCGCGCUCGUCGGCUGCAAGGAGUUCUUCGAGAACCAGCCCAGCAAGAAGUUGAAGAAAAAUCUCAGUGCACACUGCUCCCCGGAAGGGCUGACCCCGUUGAUGAUCGCCAUUCAGCAAAAUGACGAAGACAUGGUAUCCCUACUGAUCCAAAAAGGCGCCGACCUGAUGCAAACGACUCCAGAAGCCAACAACGUGCUCCACCUGGCCGCCACCGUCAGCCCGUCGAUGCUCAACAUCCUCUGGGACGCGCUGGGCGACAACAAGACUGUCCUGCUCGGCCACGUCAACCACGACGGCAGCAGCCCGCAGUACUUGGCGUUCACGUCGAUGAACGCGAGGUGCCUAUCGACGUUGCGCGGUUUUGCCAAGCAAGUCAACCCUGAAGCAACGCCCGAAAAUCCGCUGAUACAAGCCAUGAAGUCGCCAAAGACGACCUUCCAGCAUAUUGAUGCCAUUCUGAAGGAGACGCCGGAUGCCAUCGACAAAACGGAUCCGGUCACCGGAAAUUCCGUGCUGCACAUCUGCACCCACAAGAAGCCGCUCUCGGCGCUGAUUGAAGUGCUGGGCGAGAAGCUGCCGGUCAACGCCCGAAAUUCCCUGAAUCAGACCCCGCUUCACGUGUAUGUGCACAAGGACAACCUGGCGUUGGUCUUCACGAUUUUGGGAGCAGAGGUCGACAUCAACGCCCAGGAUGAUGAUGGAAAUACGGCAUUGCACUUGGCGACUUCGCUACUGAACGUGACCAUGGUGAGGACGCUGCUCUGCUUCGGCGCCAACCCCAACAUCCACAAUCUCCACGACGAGUCCCCGAGGCAUCUGGCAGCGAAACAUCGAGACGAAGCCGGCUCAAUCGACAUCCUGCGCUCGUUGAUCAUGUUCGGCGCGAAGAGUUGCGGUAUCAAGAAAUUGGGAUGUACCGUAGCCUGUGUACACAAGGACAACUACAUCUCCGAGAAGACGUCGCCCGUCUCGAAGGAGAAUAACAACCAGAAUACUUCGUCGAACAGCUUGGCGAGCUUGGCGAGCACUAAUGGCAAUGAAAAGCCGAAAAACGACAAGGAUAAUGUGGAAAGUGACGUCGACAGCGCCAGGAUCAACAACGCCGCCGCCACCGAGGCCUACGAGUUCGAGCUGGACGCCGAUACGCACGACGUCAAGAAUGCGUACGUCGAGCCGAACCCGCCGCGGAAGUUCCCGCAAGAUGCUGCCGUCCGCCGAAUCAAAGCGCUGCUCACGCAACUGGCGGACAAGGAAAACUCGAAUAUCAUCUCCGUACUGUCGUGCGAUGGCGGCGGCAUGAAGGGCAUCAUUAUGGUGCAGAUGCUCAUCAUCCUCCAGCGCUACCUCGACGCCCCGGUCCAUACGUACUUUGACUGGGUGGCUGGCACGAGUACAGGCAGCUACGUUUCGGGAGCGCUAGCUAAAGGCUUCUCCCUGGCCCAUAUGCAGCGCUACUACCUGCGCACGAAGGACAUACUCUUCACCACGUGGUCCCGGCCCUAUAAUACUUUACGGUUCGAGGCGCUGUGCAGAGAUGCGCUGGGCGAUGAUCGGCUCAGCAAAGUGCCGUAUCCAAAGCUCGUCUUCACCACGACUCGCGCUGAUACAUUCCCGUGCCAGCUGGUCCUGCAGCGAAACUAUCAGCUGCCAAUCCCGUACAACGAUAAUUUGGAUUUGGGAUUUGACGAUCCGGAAGACACUCCCCUCUGGCUGGCCGCCCGCCGCUCCGCCGCCGCCCCCACCUACUUUGCGGCCUCGGAGGGCAAGUUCAUCGACGGGGGCAUGGUGGCGAACAACCCGAGCCUUGACCUGCUCAGCGAGGUCAUCUUCUGGAAUACAACGUGCCGAAUGCAGGCCCCCGAAGAAGCGCAGGCGCAGCCCAAAUUCCAAGCCGCCAACGAGGUGCGCAUCGGCUGCUUCCUGUCGCUGGGCACCGGCAUCACUCCAGUCUCCCCGGUCGACCCGUCGCUGUUCGAGAUGAGCGACACCCUGGGCAUGCUCAGGGGCAUAAAGAACUUGACGUUGAUGGUGCUCGACCAGGCGACGGCCACUGAGGGAGCCCCGAUCUCACGCUCACGUUCGUGGUGCCACUCGCUCAGGAUUCCGUACUUCCGCCUGAAUGCCCCGCUUUUCAAGGAUGUCAUGCUCGACGCCUCGGACGAUUCCGAGAUUGCGCAGAUGCUCUGGGAUUGUGAAGUUUAUGGCUAUACACAUAAGAAAGACUUCAUCGAGCUGGCCAGCCUGCUGAAGGCGAUCGGCACGAAUAAGCACCGAAAGCAGCGUUUCGGCUCUGCCAAGGCCUCCGACUACUCGGAGGGCCGGAAGAAGCGACUCGCCGAGGAGCGCAAGGCCAAGAAGGAGGAGCAAGAGCAACCGGCCGUCUCCCCGGAUUCCCCGCUGAACUCCCCGGACGCGCGGAAUUCUAGCGCC